GUCUAGCAACGCCUCUGGUGCAGGUUAUAUAGAGGUGAGAUUAACUUGAUGUUAUCUUGUAAACAAACAGAAGCUCUUCUGACUUGUGCUCUGGUGUGUGCAGGUAAAACUAGACUAAACUGGACUGAAACAGCUAAACCUACUAAGGAAAACAAAGGCUUUUUUUCUGUUUGGAAAACACAUUGAAACUUGGGUAAACGUAAUGUAGCCUUGCUCAGUGAGAAACAGCCAGUUGUGACAGGAGCAGGUGAAGGUUAGAAUGUGUUUGCUUUUGGCCGGAGCCACAGGCAAACCUAGAAAAAUCCACAUUUUGUCCACUGUGACCAUAGUCAGAUCACAAACAAGAAAAACCUAAAACUUUGUACACCAGGUCACAAGUAUGCUACAGCAACAACUCCAGACUUAAUAAGAGUAUCUGAAAUCAUAAAACAAAUCUACUUGAGCCCUCCAAGUCUUCCACACCUUCAACAAACAGGACCGCUCAGCAAGUGUAAGCACUGACCACAUAAAGCUUUAAAGUUUGAUCAGUUCCAUCUCAAUAUCUUUGAAAACAAGGAGGUGGACAGCAAAUAAAAGCUGACAGGUCAGUGGGAGGAGGAAGAGGUCACAGAGAUAAAAUAGGGGAAAAAAUGGAUCAAACUCCAGUCAUGAGCCCACUGGCAACAGUAUACACUGUAUUUGGUUCUUCUAAAUAGCUAAAAUGACUGCUAUACUCUACAAUAUAUAAAGUUACAGAGGUAUCAUUACCAAAUACACAUAUAAUCACAUAGUGAUUCUAAGUUGUCACUGUCAGUUUCCAUUAAUCACCUAUUUCAAUGACACCUCUCCUGUUUUAUUAUUUCCCAUCUGAGGAGAUGGAGCAGAUGGCACGUCAGUGCAAUGGCAAAAGCAAACACUGUUAUAGUUUGUAGUAGCACUCCUGCUGAAUCCAGCCAAAGCAAGAUGCAGUAGGUCAACACAGCCACAGCUGUAGCACAUUAUCAAUUAUUAAUCAAAGGCUCCAAUAGAAACACUCACAGAAACAGAGACAGAUAGAGGUUGGCUUUCCUGUCAGGAAUUCUCAUGUGUUUUCUGAGGAUGCUUUGUUUAAUGUAACCUGGGAUCUCAUCUAUCUUUGGCUCAUUUUAACUGAACACAAUUUGUUAUACUGUACAUUUUAGCUGAAAUUGUGUGGUGUUAAGGGUCAACUAUCAAUCAUUUAACUGUCAAGAAGAAAGGACAAAUAUUUCAUUACUACAGCCUCUGAAAUGUGAGAAAUUGCUGCUUCAGCUUGUCUUAAUCUCUAGCAAGCAGAAUAUUUCUUUGGGUUUUAGGCUCUUGGGAAUUGUGAAGGACAUCAAAUGAAUAAUCACAUAAUUAAGUAAAUAGAGUGAAAAUGUAUUAUUAUUAGGAGUUUAAUUACACACACAGUACUGAUGAAAAGAAUGGGAAAUGCAUACUGAUAUGAGGCACAAAGGUUACAAUAUUAUUUGUAUUCUUCAGGGUUCAGGUCUCUUAGUGUCAGAGUUUGACAGGUAAAUAUGUAAAAACUCUCCUUGAACAGGAAGCAUAUAUAUAUCACUUCUUCCUCAGAUUAAUUGGUAAUGAAAAUAAACAUUAGUUGCAGCCCUGGUUUAGGGUAAGUGAAAAGAAGAGAAUGAGGAGAUGGCAUUAAGGAUUUAGCAUGUUGCUGGUUGAGAGACCAACCAUGACCUUGUGUUGAUUAUGAACUCAGCAGCUCAUUGCCACCGUGUUUGAGCCGUAAACGCCAGGCAGCUGCUUGUUGCACUUGCUUUUGUAAAGGUUGAUCCUGACUGGGGUAACACCUCGGAGGAAACACAGUGUGGCUCCAUGAUGUCAGAGGUGUUAUGCAAGGACAGUCUAUUUACGAAAGCACAAACAGCCCUGCUUCCACACUGAUCCUGUCAACAUCACUUAGGCUGUGUCUGAGGCCUGAGAAAAAGCAAUCAGGUAUAUUCAAAAGUGACUUUAUGCUCAGUGUUUAAUCACAUCUACCUUGGCUUUCACUGAGGAACCACUUUACAUGAUUACUUCAUGGUAUGAUAAAGAUAUAAUGAUUUAAUCAAUAUAGUGAUAUAAUCAAGGGCCCAUUUAUCAGGACUAGAAGGGUCAGUUACUGUCAGAGAACAUUAAAGGAAUCAAUUAAGUCUAUCUUGAUAAAAGAGGCUAUAUAAUACAAGAGAACUCAUCAGGAAAUAAUAAAAAUUACAGCAGCAAACACAACUGUUGUUUGCAUUAAUUAUAUUCUUAGCACUCUUUUUCCGUAACGUUCCAAAACAUCACCGUCUCCAGUCAUAGCGACUUGUUUUUUUCCCGCAGAUAGAGCGGGCUAUGUAUGUGUGUGUGAGAGGGAGGGAGAGGGAGAGAGAGUGAGUGAGAGUUUGAGUGUGUGCGCCCCUCCUACCCCUCACUCAGCUCUGUGAAAGAACAGUUUUAUUACUUGGUGCUGAAACACUCAGGAUCCGCCGGCCACCGGGGAGAGAGACGCACAAAAUCGCUGUCAGAAAACAUGACCGUAGAGAGAAUAUUCGACGAGCUCGGGCAUUUCAACAGAUUUCAGGCAUGUCUAUAUUUUGCAGCAGUCUUCCAGGCCAUAGCCUGUGGGAUCCACUACCUGGCUUCUGUUUUCCUGGUGGAGACUCCAAACUUCGUGUGCAGUGUGCCCGGCAACAUCACUGAUGUCCUGUACGGUAACCUGACAGGAUCUAGUCUGGAAGACUUCAUGCCAGUCUUCAAAUCAAAGACUGGGCCCUUGGUGGUGAGGACGGCCGAAGGAGAACAGUGGGAGCUCAGCCGAUGCCGCUGCGCCCUGCGCAUCAACCCAAAAGAGUUUACAUAUGACUUUGAUGGCAACAAAACGGUGAAAACCUGCGAUGGAAACUUUGUUUACGACCACUCUGAAGUUUACCAAAGCAUUGUGACCGACUGGGACUUGGUGUGUGAGAAGGAGUGGCUGGCCAAGCUGUGCCAGCCCACUUUCAUGCUUGGGGUGCUGAUCGGAGCGCUGGUGUUUGGGGACAUAGCUGACAGAGUUGGUCGUGUGAGGAUUCUUAUGUUCACCAGCCUCUGUCAGUUUGGGCUCGGAGUGACUGUAGCGUUCUCUGGAAACUACUAUUUCUUCAUGGUGGUCCGCUUUCUCCUUGCCAUGGUGUCCAGUGGCUACCUUGUUGUGGUGUUUGUCUACGUUACAGAAUUCACUGGAAUUAAGGUACGCACAUGGACCUCUAUGCACGUACAUGCAGCCUUUGCAGUCGGCAUCAUGGUUGUGGCUCUGACCGGUUACCUGGUGAGGGUCUGGUGGAUCUACCAGAUCAUCCUCUCCAUAUGCACCUCGCCCUUCCUGCUCUUCUGCUGGAAGUUCCCUGAGACGCCCUUUUACUUGAUGGCCAAGGGCCAUUACAAGGAAGCUCAGACCCUGCUGGACACAAUAGCCCGCUUCAAUGGCCUCGAAUGCAGGCUGAAGGCAGAGGAGCUCCUAGAGCCGGAGGACAGAGAGAAUGGCAGAGCUCUGCUGGAGCAGGAGGCGGAGGAGCAGCCAUCACAGACUGAAAAGAAGUUGUCUAUCGUGGAUUUGUUUGGAAGCUGGAGGAUGGCGGGCCGCACAUGCACAGUGUGGGCCAUCUGGUUCAUCGGCAGCUUGGGCUACUAUGUCUUCUCUUUAGGCUCAGUCAACCUAGGAGGAAACCAAUACAUUAACCUCUUCCUUGCAGGUGCAGUGGAGCUCCCCUCUUAUCUGGUUGGCUGUUUUGCAAUGGACCGGAUUGGAAGGAAGAAGACUUGUGCCCCAGCUCUGCUCCUGGCUGGGGUCGCCUGUAUGCUCAUCAUUGUGGUGCCUGCUGACAUCGAGGCGCUGGCCAUCGCUCUUUGCAUGACAGGGAAGUUUGCAAUCGCCAUUGCCUUUGGUCUCAUCUACCUGUACACCUGUGAGCUUUACCCGACCAUCAUCAGGUCUCUGGCAGUAGGUAGUGGCAGUAUGAUGUGCCGUGUUGGCAGUGUGGUAGCCCCCUUCUGUGUGUACCUGGCUGAUGUCUGGAUCUACCUACCUCAGCUCAUUGUGGGAAUCCUGGCAUUCGUAAUUGGAGUGCUGACAAUGUUGUUGCCUGAGACCCUGGGCAAACCUUUAACAACCACCUUGGAAGAGGCAGAAGCUCUGGGACGGAAAAAAAAGGAUGGAAUGGAGAUGAACCUACAUGGAGCCAAGGCAUGAGCUUUACAUGCUGGUAAAUAGGAGAGACAGAAACACACGGAGAAAAGCAUUGGAACAGAAUGGAGGUGAUGGCUGCAACAACUGUAACAUCAUUGAUUUGGAAAAAAAGAAAAAAAACAAGCUUUUAUCAGAACUCUUCAAGUGACGCUUUUGUUGACGUUUUGUUCUGUAAAGUGACCAGUUUAAACACUAUAGAAAAUCUUCUGCCUGCAUACAAAUAUCAGUAAUGAAGUGAUCAGUCACAGAUACAGUGCAGUCAGAACAGAACAGUCCAUGAAUUCAGUGUUCAAGAAAAUCAUGUGCUCUGUGUGUGUGUGUGUGUGUGUGUGUGUGUGUGUGUGUGUGUAUGUGUGUAUGUGAGUGUGUGAGUGAAUGUGUGUGCAUAUGCCUGUGUGCAUGUAAGUUCUGUGUCUAUGGAAGCAUGAAGGAUAUUAAAGGAUCAUUUCAGUUUAUGAUAAUUUCAGUCUUAUUUUUGUAGUUUUGCCCAUUAUGUCUGUUAGUUAUAAUAAUUCUGUAUUCACCAAAGUAAUUACAGAGGUCUUGGAACACAGUACCACUACCACAGCAACAGUCAGACAGGCCAGACAAAAUGAGCAGUCAGAUGAUUGGAGAGGUUGUAAACAAGCCAAUAGUUUAGCCAGUAUGAUAGGUCAAAGUUGGAAUUUGGCUUCAAAGUAGGGCUAAAUUGAGGGUUUGUUUAAAACCUGCCUGAUCAUCUGGCUGCUCAUGUUUAUUUCCGCAUUGAACUUCUUUUUAGUGAUGUUGCAGUGAUCCCAGAUUUCAGCCUACUGUAGUGAGAACAUUGUUAAUAUGACUAAUGGGACUGAUGACCAAAACAACAACAAUAAGACUUCUUGUAAAGUAAAGAUGUCAUGCAUCAUGCAUCAAAGAAGUGCCUUAUUUUUUAUUUUAAAGUCGCCUUUUUUUUUUUUUUAAAUCUCAGGGCAUCCACUUUUGGAUAUCACUGUGAAGCUAACAUAUUGAAGGUCACUCUGUUCGAUAUUAUCCUCAGUUCCAUCUUGUUUAAGAUGACAUUGCUGAAUUUUAACUAUCUAAUGUGUGUGUGUGUGUGUGUUAGUGAGUACAGUAGUGAAGUAAGUUGGUACCCUAGCUCUCUACAUACUUAUACUGGGUAUGAAAUCUUGGUGCUCAGCAUUUGGAAGGAAUUUAGGAAAAGAAAGUAUUUAAAGUGAUACUGCAUUACUCUAUGCUCAAGAAUCAAGGUGUGAUUGCCACAUGUUUGGACCAAAGACAGAAAUGAACCAUAACAUUAUGGCAUUGUAUUCACUUGCUUUGCAAUAUUGUGCUUCACUACUAGCAUGUUUUUGUUUCAUAUCAAACUUCUGUUGUGUAUUAAAAUGAGAACAAAAAAAUCAUGACAAUCAACUUAUAUCCAAACAGUGAUGACAUCUAAUCACCAGGUGAUGAAAGUACUGUGUUCUAGUGUGUACUAGUGUUCAGUUCUGAACAGUUUUACAAUCAUGGAAUUUUUGUAUGAAUAGUUUAUUUGUUAGUAUUAUUUUUAUUUCAUUAUGUAAAAAUAAAUAAGGUGGCUAACCCCAAGGUUGCUGGCCUCUUCAAAACUA